AUGAUCAUUUCCAAUGUUGAAGCGUGGGCAUGUCACAUUCCUAAACGUAUCGCCGGCAUCAUUAGUGAGUAUCGCGCCAUAGAACAACUCGACAAAAAAGAAAAUAGUCUUUCUACGAUGCCGGCGAAACUUUUGGAAAUGUACCACCUCCAGGAUUCAACUUUGGAAAUUAUCAUGCAGACAAUGGACACCGGACUAGAUGCAUUCCACUAA